AACGGCGCCCCCUCAUCCUAUGACGGCGUAUAAAUAAACAAGCGCUCGCACUGAAAUCUUUGAAUAUUAAAUACUAUGCGAGAGAGACGGAGGCUCGGCAGCAAUCCACACGACACAAAUCGAAACAAUGCAAAGUAACCGAACAAGACCCCAGUUCAGCAACUGGCUGAUUGAACAGAUUAACAGUAACGGGUACCCUGGUCUUUGCUGGGUGAACAAAGACACAUUUCGCAUUCCUUGGAAACACAACUCCAGGAUGGACUGCAGUGAAGAGGACUGUGCCAUCUUCAAGGCAUGGGCAGUGACCAGUGGCAAGAUACAUGAAUACCCGGAGAGUAAGGCAAAGUGGAAGACCAAUUUCCGCUGUAUCUUGCACAGCCUCAAAUGUUUUCGCAAGAUUAAUGAUCAUUCUAAGGAUUCCGAUGACCCUCACAAAGUAUACCAGAUAGUGGAGGAAAUUAAUGUGGAAAAUGCACAGCUUCCUCAGAGCGAUAUCCAUGCUCACUUACCUCUGCCCAUGAAUUUUCAAAUGAUUCCUCCAGCGAUGAAUCAGCCAGUAAAUACAGAGCAAGAAACAUUCCAACAGUUUGGGAUGCUGAAUCUGAGCAACACUCAAGCAGAGCUACCCAUUGGAGUUUCCUCACAAAACGUGUCCCCAAUUUUAUUUAAUGAGCAAUUUGCCGAGUCCACGCCAGCCAAUCCUGUCUAUGUUCCUCAGAAUGAGAUGCCACAAGAACCAGCUACUUGGCAGUACGCCAUGGGUCCUUUACCUCACGAGCACGAGAUGGAAGUCACCAUCACAUACAGAGGUAGAACCGUGCUGCAGACGAUAGUGUGUGGUCCUAAAGUUCAGCUCUACUACAACUGCGAGGAAAACGUGAUUGUAGCCCAGAGUCGCGUCUGCUUCCCCAGAACUGAUGGGAUGACGGAUCGGAAGCAGAUUCAAAGCACCAACACGCUCCUUGAUAACAUCCAGAGAGGACUCCUUUUGGAAAUUAGAAAUCGGAGCAUCUAUGCAACACGACUGAGCAAAUGCUGCAUUUACAUGUCUGACCCAAGUGCUCCACCAAACACAAUCGGAGGAUCAUUUAAACUUUCUCAAAAUGAAGAAGUGCAGCUUCUGGACUUCAGUAAAUACUUCCUAGAAAUUAAGAAAUACUGUGACAAUGAAGGCAACUCUCCAGAUUAUACCAUAUACCUGUGCUUUGGAGAGAAAUAUCCAGAUAACAAGCCAAAUGAGAGGAAACUUAUUAUUGUUAAGAUUGUACCUCUCAUGUAUAAACACCUUUAUGAAGUGGCCCAGCUGAGCGGAGCAUCGUCUUUAAGAAGUAACCCCAGUUUACAGAUAUCGUGUGACUCUGAGAAUGACUUGUAUAGUUUAAUUCAAUCUUAUUUAAAUAGUGGAAUGGACUUUACAAAUUAUUGAUAUUUUACAUACCAUUAUAUACAUAUUUUAUAGUGUGCAACUCUCAAGAUGCAGUACUCAUUUAUAAAUAUAGUUAAAUAAAGUAAAUCGUAUCAUAAAGAUAAUCUUAUAUGGAAAUGCAAGAUAUAUAUAUAUAUAUAUAUAUAUAUAAUAAUGUAAUGUAAUAUAGAUAGAUACUUUAUUAAUCACAAGGGGAAAUUCACAAAUAUAUAUAUAUAGAGAGAGAGAGAGAGAGAGAUUUCAGUGUGAAAUGAUAGGGAGUUAUAUCUAAGAUGGAUAUCUGUCUAAAGGAGAUGUAUAAAAUAUAUUGAGAGAGAGAUGGAAAGUCCCACUUUAUGGGUAAUGAAUAGUUGGGGGGUCUCCUCCUGGCCUCCCUUCUGCUUUUUAACAGACCAUCAUGGUGUGUUUAGCUUCUUCAGGGCAUUACCCAUUUCUUACUACUUCAUAGUUUGAAUUUCAGUUCUAUUAAGAAUUUAGAGAAAAUGUAGAAACCAUCAGCUGUCUAUACUGUUUCUGCAGUUAGUCAUGAGUCAGAUUUUGUUUUUUUUAAAAGCACUAUCAAGAAUUCUUUUUACAAAGUUUUGAACUGAAUGAAAAAAAAAUGCACUACCAGCCCUGGUGAUUAACUUAUAUUAGGGAAAAAAAUCAAAAGACUAACAGUGAAUUCUUGAAAAUGAAAAGACUUGAGAACAAGAGUGAAACUAUUUUUGUAUACACUUUAGACACUAAUACUCUGACUUGUGUAGCCUUAGUAUGCUGUAUAAUAAUAAUUUAAUGAAUGGCUAUGCAUAUUUUAUUUUGUAAUUUGUAUGAUCUACCAAUGUGAAAUAUGUCUAAUUGAGAUUUAAUAAAAAUUCCUCUAUUCUACUUUUA